AUGACCACCCCAGUUGCUUUCAGCUGCUGGUCACUCGAAUCCCUCAAAGCACCAUAUCUACCACUGACUCUCGACGAGUACUGCUGCUCUACGUUGCCAAAAUCGAUGUUGGACCGCCGGAAUCGAGACCAAGUGCUCUACAAGGCCAAAAAUACAAACUCAAAUUCCAAGGAGCUUGUUACAAUAUGUCAACUGUGGAUUUUGCAAUGUGAAGAUGGACUCAUAACUGCACACGAAACGGAUGAAGAACUCAAUACCAAUGGUUCCAAGUCCGAUUUCCCCUCGUGGGGAGACGACUGCCUGACCGGGGAUGCUAAGCGGUAUAUCGGCAUCAUGAUGUCUCAUUUCGUGGACAGCCUUGACCGUCCAUCUGAAACAGGCUCAGGCAAUCGUAUUCUCAACACCUUUGAGAAUUCGAUUGCUUCAUGUGCUCAUGAUGUGGAUGAAUACAGCAGAGGAGAGGUUGUGAAGAAGUUCGACAUCGACAAAGAAAGGGAAUUUCUACACAACAUUGAUGAUAUACGAGGCGAGUUGGGGAUGAUUAAACGAGCCAUUCUGCAGCAAGAGGAGGUCUGGAAAACUUUCGCAAGCAAUGCCUGGCCAGAACACUGGACAACCGGCGCAGAAGGGCGACUGAUCGUGAAAGACGAUGAGCAGAGAUCUACUGCAGAAGAAAAUGAAUGGCAGAUUAUUUUACGCGCGCAAUUUCAGUUCGAUCGAUUUCGACGGCGAAUCGCGCAAUUAGACGAAGACGCCGCCCGUGUUGAAAAAUCUAUAAUGGCUAAACUGGACCUGAAGCAGAAACACGCAAGCCUCCAAGAGUCACAUGCAACAGGCGUCAUGAGCGCAGCCGUUCUCGGCUUCACGCUCAUAACCAUCAUCUUCACCCCCUUGUCCUUCCUCACCAGCUUGUUUGCGCUGUCCAUCGACAGUUUUCAGAGAAAUCAAAUCGAUUUCUUCAUACCCAAUCGCGAAAACGAAGCUGACCUUACCAAUCGAACCCGAGUUUAUACGGCAAACUACAUUGGGAAAUGGGCUGUACUUGCAUCUACCGCUGUUGCCCUGCUAUCUAUGUGGCUCGUCAUCGAAUAUGGCAUGGAUGUGCCCGUGUUGCGACAUAGGCUGGCACAGUUGGUCAAAUUGUCAAGACGGAUGUUGGGUUUGCCAAAGCUGAUAUGGGAAUCUCAGUAUUUGAAGAAAGUGAGCGAACAGGUCAAACUGAAAGUGUUCAGAGAAAAGGGGGGCUGUUUACCUAGUUUUGGUGGUGCACAGCGUACAAUCUGGUACACCCGUUUAAAGUUAUGGUGGCGGCGUCGAUCACCGUAG